UAAGAGGAAAGUUAUCAACCUUUAAAGAGAGAGAAGCUGUAGGCAGCUAAUUAAUCAAAAUGGCGACAGUGAAGUCGUUAUCUGAACAGAUUGCCCAAUUUCAAGCCUUAAUGUUAGCCUCACAGGAAAAAAUAUCAAAAGAAAUUGGAGAAGUGAAACAGGAGCUUAAAAACAUUAAAGAAGAAAUCAGGGGAGUGAAAGAAUUAGCCAUAGAGGCAAAGGGCAUGGCCAAAGAUAACAAGGAGCAAAUCAUUCAGUUGAAAAAACAGACCGCGGAACUGUCAGAUAGAAGUAGACGGGCGAACAUGAUAAUACAUGGAAUUUCAGAGGACGUGGGGCAAAAGAAAUUGGAGCAAUGUUUGGUGGAAUGGAUAUCAGAACAGGGGAUAGAAUUGAAGGAAGACCAAAUAGAGAGAGCACACAGGCUGCAAACGAAAAGAAGAGGGGGGGAACCCCGCCCAGUAAUUGUAAAAUUUGCAGGAGAAAAAAAACAACACCAGAUAUAUUCAACCUUAAAAAAAAUUAAGGGAUUAAACUACAAAGGAAAAAAAACUUACGUUCAACAAGAUUUUUGCCAAGACACGCUGAACCAAAAGAGAUUAAUGAAACCAUAUGCUCAGCGACUUUAUGAUAAUAAAAUACAAUUUAGCUGGGCGUACCCAGCCUCUAUAAUUAUCUUUCAAGAAGGAAAAAGACUAAGUGCAAGGAAUCCACAAGAGGCAGUAAAACUACUGGAGAAGAUGGGGCUUGAAACAAGGAACCUGGAAGAGCAAAUAGAGAUGGAGGAAACGGCAAUAACAGACGAUGAGGAAGCAGGUCCUUCUACGCACCAGGAAAAGAGGCAAAGGACAAGCUCCUAGUGGCAGAAAAUUAAGGGAAGUAUCCAUUAAACAAAAGGCAGAGAUAAUCUUCGAAACUAACCAAGACAAGCCGUGGGAAGAAAAAACAGCGACAAUUCAAGAGAAAUGGACCGUAUACUGGAGAUGGAUGGAAGAAGAACAAAGGAACGACGUUCAGUGGAAGCUCCAAACACUAUG